AUGGAAAGGUGGGCUAUGUUUUUUGCUACAGAUAGUCAGAACAUGGGGUGCUCGACGGCUGCAAGGAUGCUCCGGCGUUGGCGGCGGGGAUGCACCGGCGUUGGUGGCGGAGCAGAAGAUCUCACGCUCCGUCCACCCGCCGGCAAACAUCCUGAGCAACCUUCCUGCCGCCGCAGAACUUCCUCGCCAGCCUUUCCUUCGCCGCCUGACAACCACCAGACAACUAAUUACACCAGACAGCCGCCGUCGGAGUUCGCCGUCAUCGCCAUCCUAGAUCGCCGUCGCCUCCGUCAACACCUGCUGUCGUCAUCCAUAUUUUCAGGCACACUGGACAUGUCGCCUCCGUCAACACUCCGACGUCGUCAUUAG